AUGAGAUCAUCUAUUUUUCCCUCUCAAAAUACGAUUCCAAUAUUGGAUAGAGCAAUGUCUAUGGAUGAUAUUGAACAGUUUCUACAAAAUUUUCCGAAUUUAACUCAUUUGGAAAUCAAUGAUGUGUUCGGACGUGCUGAUAUGGACGUUGCUGAUGGUUAUCGAUGCGAAAUGCUUACACAACGGUUAGUUUCAUUCGAUUUCAUCUUCCAUGUCACAAAUUACCUAACAGAACAAAACUUCGAUUCUUUCCAAACUCCAUUUUGGACUGAAGAGAAACAUUGA